GUCAAGCAUAAACCCCACAAACCCCUCCUCCUUGCGUCCCCCCUCCUAAUCUCAUACAAAAUGGCCAAGGACGCGUCCAAGAAGGAGAAGAAAGAGAAGAAGGUCGUCGCAGAAGAUGCUGAGGACGUAGAGAUGGACGACGCCACCACAUCCCCCAAGAAGGAGAAGUCGUCAAAGAAAGAGGAGAAAGAGAUUGUGAUCCCUGUAGAGGACUUGUCACCGAUCGCGCAACCAUUAGCGCAGAAAAAGCUCUUGAAGAAGCUGCAUAAGACCGUGAAGAAGGCAUCAAAAUCACGGCAAGUAAAGCGUGGGGUAAAGGAAGUCGUGAAGGGGAUCCGGAAGGGGGAGAAGGGCCUGCUCAUCCUCGCCGCCGACAUCAACCCCAUAGACAUCAUCUCCCAUCUCCCUGUCAUGGCCGAAGAGGCCGGCAUCCCCUACAUAUUCGUCGCCUCGAAGGAGGAGCUCGGACACGCCAGCUCAACAAAACGCCCAACAAGCUGUGUGAUGGUCUGCCCAGACCAGAAGCGCAAGAAGAAGGAGGGCGAGGUGAAGGAGGACUACCGCGAGACGUACGACGAGUGCAUGAAGGAGGUUGCCAAGUUGGAUCAGCAGAUUGUAUUUUAGCCCGUAUUUAUUGUGUCUUCAUCUCCUUGUCUGUAUCGUCGUAUCUUCCAUCUCUCUGCUAUCCCCUCCGCUCGGCGCGGUGCUCA